CGCAACCAGACCCUUCUCCUGUACUUCGCUCCAGUUGCUAUACGCCAGCUCUCUGAUAUCCUUUAGCUUUCCCUACUGGCGCUCAAGGGCGGGUAGCUGAUAGGAAACGAUUGAAAUACGGAAGUUUCUUCCUGAUCCAGCUGCAUCACUUUGACUGAAGCAAAGUGGGAACUGCAUGUUUUCAUGUAAUUAGUUAACGGAAAGACUACCGCGUCCUUUGUUUUGUCCUUUUGAAUGUAGCCAUACUGUAAGUUCUGAAGGAUGUCUGGCUUGUCAGAUAAGUGUUAGAUGGUGUGCUGCCAUGAGGGAAUAAGAACUUGGCCGCUGUCACGCAGACUGAGCCACCAUGGCAUCAGUGGGCCAGCCAAAGACAGCGCCCACCCCAGGCGACGCCGCCUCCGCGGCUCUGUCUCCGGAGAAGGCGCACUACACUUCUGAUCGCUAUGCCGGGCUCAUUUUGGCGCAGAUGAACAAGAUGCGGCUCCGCGCCGAUUUCUGCGACGUGCAGCUGCGUGUCGGGGGCCGUGUCUUUCGCGUACACAGGCUGGUCCUUGCGGCCAGCAGCCCAUACUUCUCCGCACUUUUCUCUGGGGGCAUGAACGAGGUCAACAAGGAGGAGGUGGAGAUCAUGGGAGUGGAGGCUGAAGUCUUUCAGAUUCUAUUAGAGUUUAUUUACACAGGCAUGAUCGACGUGACUGUUGAAAAUGUGCAGGAGUUGAUCGUGGCUGCAGACAUGCUACAGCUGAACGAGGUGGUCACCAUCUGCUGUGAGUUUCUCAAGGCCCAGAUGGACCCAACAAACUGUGUGGGUAUCUUUCAGUUCCUGGAGCAGAUCGCCUGCAUGGACAUGCUGGAGUUCACUGAGAACUACAUCUAUGUCCACUUCCUGGAGGUGUGUGUGGCGGAAGAGUUCAUGGGCCUGUCAAAGGACCAGCUGGUGAAGCUAUUGAGGAGUGAGGAGCUGAGGAUUGAGGAUGAGUACCAGGUGUUCACCGCGGCUAUGGACUGGGUGCUGCAGGAUGUGGCCAAGAGGAAGAAAUAUGUGGUGGAGGUGCUGGACCCUGUGCGCUUCCCCUUGCUCUCUCCACAGCGCCUCUUUAAGUACAUCGAGGGCAUUUCUGAUUUUAGUCUGCGGGUGGCACUGCAGACCUUGUUGAAGGAGUACACUGAGGUCAGCAAGUGCCCAAAAGAGAACAAGAUCUUCAGUAUGCUGCAGCCAGCAAAGACCCGGCCUAGACGAAAGGCAAGGAAAUAUCUGUAUGCAAUAGGGGGCUACACCCGGCUGCAGGGGGGGCGUUGGAGCGACAGCCGCGCUCUGAGCUGCGUGGAGCGCUUCGACUCCUUCAGCCAGUACUGGACCACCGUCUCCUCCCUGCACCAAGCCCGCAGCGGACUGGGCGUGGCCGUGCUAGAGGGGAUGAUCUACGUAGUCGGAGGGGAGAAGGACUCCAUGAUAUUCGAUUGCACUGAGCGUUACGACCCCGUGACCAAGCAGUGGGCAGCCGUGGCUUCGCUAAACUUCCCACGCUGCGGAGUGGGUGUCUGCCCCUGCCAUGGAGCCCUCUACGCACUGGGAGGCUGGGUUGGGUCAGAGAUCGGCAAGACCAUGGAACGGUACGAUCCGGCAGAGAAUAAAUGGGAGAUUAUCGGAAGCAUGGCAGUCCCACGCUACUACUUUGGCUGCUGUGAGCUACAGGGGUUUAUCUAUGUGAUCGGAGGGAUCAGCGACGAGGGCGUUGAGCUGCGUUCCGCCGAGGUGUACGAUCCCAUCUCCCGCCGCUGGAGUGCCCUGCCCGUCAUGGUAACGCGCCGGGCCUACGUGGGCGUGGCCUGCCUCAACAACUGCGUCUACGCGGUGGGGGGCUGGAACGAGGCUUUGGGUUCCCUGGAGACAGUGGAGAAGUACUGUCCCGAAGAGGAGAAGUGGGUGGAAGUGGCCCCGAUGAGCGUGCCGCGCGCAGGGGUGUCGGUGUCUGCCGUUAAUGGCCUGCUGUACGCGGUGGGGGGACGUGCCUCCAGCCGGGACUUCUCCGCCCCGGUGACGGUGGACUCGGUGGAGAUCUACGACCCACACCUGGACACCUGGACGGAGAUCGGGAACAUGAUCACCAGCCGCUGUGACGGGGGAGUGGCCGUGCUCUGAGGACAGGAACUAAAAACGGCAUUCCUCCCUCCCCCUGUCCAUGGCCACACCCCCAGCAUCCGCAAACCCCUACCCAUCACCCCCCCCGGGCUCACUGAUUAUGACAUGGCCAAACAGUUCCGUUUCCAAGGCGAUAUUCCCGGCAUUCUCCUUUGCUAAAGCGUGAGCGCCUUCUGGUGCAUAGCACACGGAUGGCAUAGGACAGAGUGGGAGAAUUCAUUAGGCAAAGACUCAACGUGCUGGAUACUCUUUCUGAGGAGUAACAUGGACUGCAUGGGACAGAAUCAGGAGUGUUUUCAUAAUGGAAACAAACAGCACUGUUCCAUUCUAUCUAGCACAAGUUAAUAUGCUAGCAGAGCAGUCUUUUUCAGAGUUCUUUUCAUAGAUAAUAAUUGUGUUUCAUAUAUAUAGUGUCUUUCUUUUACACAUUUGUAAGAGUAAACUUUUAAGUGCAUUCUGUUACUUAUGUGCAGGAAGCUUAUGCCAUCAAAAAAAAAAAACAGGCAUCCAUAAUAUAAUGCUCUCGCAGUGCACAGCAUGCUAAUAAACAAAGCAUAUGGGGUGAGGUGGGGAUGUUGAUAACCAUCUCGGUAGUGGGUUAACUUCUAACGGUCAUUAAAUUGUAAUGAUUUAUAAGGUAUAAGGAAUACUAUUAUAAAUUGUUAAAGGAAGGACAUUUUAAAAAGGUAUUUUCAUUUCAGGUUUUGCAGGCGUGAAUCCCAAACCAAAACUUGACGGCAGAGAGAAAAGUUUUCCAGAUUCUGUGGUCGAAUCUCAUUAAUACCAGCUGAACACAGAAUACUAGCGUGCAGUGUUCUGAGCUGCAGCACCCAUCUGUGUCAAGAGUCCACCCUCUUUCUCCUGUGAAAAUGUUUUUUUUUUUUUUGUGUGUGUAAAUUAACGCUCGCUUAUCUACGUGAGUGAAAAGCUAACCUGUUUUGCUGCAAAUUCUACGUUUUCAUUUUUCAGUGUGUGGCAAUUUCAAGUAUCACUGUAGCUACAGAGAUGGUGACAUUUGUGUUUUAAUUCACAUUUCAAGAAUUUCAUGUGUUUACUAGACAAUCCAUAUGACUUUUCAUGGGUUUACUGAAUACCUCUUUACUGGUACGCACAGCCUUUACGUUUCGUCAAGUGAUAAUGCCUCUGUUACAGAUUGUUGGGAAAGGAGUACAUUUUCUUUCACUGUUUUUAAUUUGCUUGUAAAUGUGUGAAUUUAAGUGAUCAGAAACACCUGCUGCUAGGGAGCCAAGGUGUACAAUGCACAGAUCGGACAUUAGCCACUCGGACAGCUAAAGCUAGUCACCAGCACUUUUUUAAGCCUCCAGUAGUGAAGCUGUGUUUCAUAAUGUCUCUCGUCCAGGUGUGUGGGCCUCAGAGCCAAGUGUGCUACAGUAGAGGCAGUCUGUACGGGUGUCUGUGCCUCUGGCCGGUACAGGUGUGCCAACUUCAAAAUGAGUGUGCUACAGCAGAGGCAGUCUGUGAAAAAAAAAAAAAA